AUGGGAGCCUACAAGUACCUUUCUGAGAUCUGGAACAAGAAGCAAUCUGACGUGAUGCGCUUCUUGAUUCGCGUCAGGAACUGGGAGUUCCGUCAGCUACCUGCUGUCCACCGUGCCUCCAAGGCCACUCGCCCUGACAAGGCCCGUCGUCUCGGCUACAAGGCCAAGCAGGGCGUUGUUAUCUACCGUGUCCGCAUCCGCAGGGGUGACCGUAAGAAGCGCGUCUCCAAGGGUAUCGUCUACGGUAAGCCCGUCCAUCAGGGUGUCAACAAGCAGAAGUCUACCAAGUCUCUUCGCGCUAUUGCCGAGGAGCGUGUUGGUCGCCGCUGUGGUUCUCUCCGUGUCCUCAACUCCUACUGGGUUGGUCAGGACGCCCAGUUCAAGUUCUUCGAGGUCAUCAUGGUCGAUCCCUUCCACAACGCCAUCCGUAACGACCCUCGCAUGAACUGGAUCGCUCACUCUACCAUGAAGCACCGUGAGCUCCGUGGUCUCACCAGUGCUGGUCGUAAGAGCCGUGGUCUCCACAAGCGCGGUUCCCACUUCGGUACCAAGGUUCGCCCCUCGAAGCGCGCCAACUGGAAGAGACGCCAGACUCUCCAGCUCAAGAGGUUCCGAUAA